UCUACAGUGUAAAGUGCUAUAUGUGUAAGCCAUUUACCAUAUAAUAAUAAUAAUAUUAUACUUAUGACAUAUACGUAUCACUUAGCAACCAAACACUGCUGCAUUGCAUUGUGGGAAGUUUCUGCUUAGCUAGUGUCCAUCAAUCCAUACUAAUAAAUUUCUCCCGAUUGAGUAUGGAUAGUGCAUACUAUUGUGUACGUACUAAUGUUUCGCUAAAAAAAUCUCACAUACUGUUUUUGCUACUCAUUAGGGUGGAAGGAUGGAAUUUCGGACGCAAAAAUCUUUAAAUUUUGGAAACUCCCCAGGUUUAUGUCUAGUUCAAAAUCUGAAUUGUGCUUACUCGGAGUAUUUACAGGGUUUUUAGGGUGGAACUUCGGUAAUUCGGACUGCUCAGUUGUCCCUGAACGCAGCAUCAUCUCCGCGGGAACAAGCCGCAGGAAACGACAGUGCGGCCGCGCAUGCGCGUCACAGCGAAACCGGCGGUGUGUGCGGGCGCGCAGGCGCGUCUCUGAUGAGAAACGCGCGCCUGUUUCCCGUCAGCUCCUCCUCGCGCGCACGCGCUCCGCCUCGUCGGUCGAAAUACUACGAAUUACUCCCGCGAGAUUUGAAUAUUCAUGAAGCGCAGCUCGAGUCUGAUUGGCUCAACGAUUCAAAACAUUGGGCCACGUCUGUUUUCUGAUUGGACAACAAGUCCGUAGUGGGCGUGGCUUGAGCGCAUAAAAGCAGAAGAAAACAAACGCAGAUCAGAGACAAGAUAGUGGACUCGGUCUGGGUCGGCUUUAGGGUUUAAACAGCAGGAAACUACAUUUCUGUUGUCUGGCUGUGGAUUAAUAAACUGCUGAUUAAAACGGAGAAAUUUUUUACUAUAAAGGGGAUUUACGUCAAACACAGGAUGCAUUUUAUCAGCUUCAACUAACUGAAAAAACUCACGAAAAUGUUGGAUAUAAAAGUCGUGGAGCUUCAUAAGGAGGACGAGGUCGGAGGCAAAAACGGGAAGGAGCUGUUCUUCAGCCGGUACGCCUGCGGCCCUCUGCUUGGCAGCGGUGGCUUCGGCUCCGUGUUCUCAGGACAGAGAGUCUCAGAUGGACAACAGGUCGCCAUCAAGCAGGUUCCCAGCGACAGAGUUCAGCAGUGGGCAAGACUGCCGGGCGAGCUCCGCCCUGUUCCCAUGGAGAUCGCCCUCCUGCAGCAGUUGUCUGAUGUCGGAGGCCAUGGCGGCGUCAUUCGCCUGCUGGACUGGUUCGAGGUGGAGGGGUUGGGCUUCCUGCUGGUGCUGGAGCGGCCACCGCAGUGUCAGGAUCUGUUCGACUUCAUCACGGAGCGAGGAGCGCUGCCCGAACGCUUCGCCCUUAGGGUCUUCCGGCAGAUCGUGGAGGCUCUGUGCUUCAUCCAUGCGCACGGCGUCGUCCACAGAGACAUCAAAGACGAGAACAUCGUGGUGGACACGAGGACGCUGGAGGUGAAGGUCAUCGACUUUGGGUCAGGGGCGUCGCUCAAAGAGACGGCGUACAGCGAGUUUGAAGGUACGCGGGUCUACAGCCCCCCUGAGUGGAUCGAGUCGCGGUCAUACACGGCGGUCCCGCUCACCGUCUGGUCCCUUGGCGUGCUGCUCUUCGACAUGGUCUGCGGCGACAUCCCAUUCGAGCGCGACCAAGACAUCGUCAAAGCCACACCCACCUUCACCAGGCGGGUCUCUAAUGAAUGCCGCUCUCUGAUUGGCUGGUGUCUGUCGUACCAGCCCGAGGACCGCCCCUCUCUGGAGGAGAUCCUGUCUCACCCCUGGAUGCAGCGAGGCGGCGAGGAGGAGGAGGAGGAGGAAGAGGAGGAAGAGGAGGCGGGACGCACCUUGCCCAGCCCUUCGCUGUGAACCGAGCCGGUCUCGCAACCAGAAUAAAGACUGAAGCCUGGCGUCGUUCAUCUGCUGAUCCUUGAUCAGCUCCUUAUUUAUUGAUUAUUUAUGCGUUGUGGGCGGGCUGCAGCAGAGACUGGCCACCGGGCCGGGCCUGGACCGACCCGAAGCUCGGACUGCGUUCAGGUGAACGAUCAGUGAAGAUAAGAUGGAACAGGGAACAGAGUCUGAUGUUCUCGAGCGCGGCGUUCCUCUGUUCUUAGAGGAGGUGUGUUCUUCCGUGGUUCUUCAUCAAAGUGGCUCCUCGUCACUUGGUACUGUUUAUUUACAUUAAAUAAGAAAGUUUGGAUCAGAACAAAGGAGAUCCGCAUAAAUAAAAGAGUUUGUCAACUUGCAUC